CAAACUUCAAUAUCAUUGAUAAAAUGAUAAAUAAAAUAAUAUACAGAUUAUAGAAUAGAAAUAAAAGAUUCCUUCAAGUUUCAACGUUCGAAUUUGUAUUUGGUUUACGAAACUUCCAAUUAAACAUAUCUAAACGAAAAUGUCUACUUUUUGUGGAAAAUUAGAAGAAAAGGAAUUAGCAUUCAUUGGCAUUGAUUCUUUUGAGUCACAUCUACUGAGUUGUUCAACUUUUAUGUUGUCCCAUUUUCAUAAAGACCACAUGCGUGGUAUUCAAGAUCAAUCUUUUCAAGUGGCAUUCAAUAAUAUUAAGAACAACAUGAUCCUUUAUGCAUCACCAUUGACAAUAACAUAUUUAAAGCGAAAUAAAACCAUUAAUCUCAGAGAAGAUAAGCUUAUAUCUCUUGAAAUUGGUUUUCCCAAUUUAUUAAAAGUGCAUUCAGAAAAUUUUGAAUACAUUUGUGUGACCCUAUUACCAGCUGGACAUUGUCCAGGAUCAGUCAUGUUUUUGAUUGAAGCUGGGCCAUAUCGUAUUUUAUAUACUGGAGAUUUCCGAGUACAAUUACAAGAUUUCAAACAAUUUAAACCACUAUUGAUAAAUAAAGACGGUAACUGUAGUCCAAAGAAUAUAUCUGCAUUGUAUUUAGAUACUACUUUUGCAUCCAAAAAAUAUUAUGAAUUUCCAAUGAGAAAGGAAAGUAGUGCCAACUUGAUAAAAGUAGUUGGAGAAUGGUUAGACCAAGACCCUGAUAAUAAAAUUUGUUUGUGGAUGCCUGGAUAUGUGGGCAUAGAAUAUGCCAUUGUCGAAGUUGCCAAACAUUUCAAAUGCUCUAUUCACGUUCAUAAACAAAAAUAUGACGAAUUGUACAGUUCAAUAGCAGAUUUAGACAACUAUGUAACACCGAUUCUCACUAAUAAUAGAAUACACGCAUGUUCAAAAACUGAAUGUGACACUGAUAGCAUUAACUGCAUGGAAUUAAAUAAAAAUGUAAAAUGUGUACAACUUAAUGCCCUAGCAUUUACUAAGGAUGUGAUAGAUAUAGGUGGUCAUGUAAUUGUUAAAAAUAACAUAACUAGAGUUUGUUAUUCAAGCCACUCCAGUUGUAAGGAGUUGAGAGAAAUUGUGAGAUUCUUAAAUCCUGAAAAAUUAUAUUUUAAUGUUAUUGUUAAUCAAACAGUUAAAGAGAUAUAUGAUAUUUUAACCGAAAACAAUUGGACUCCUAGGACGCAAAAGAAAGAUGUCAAAGAAAAUACAAAAGUGAUUUUAAAACUCUCCAACAAAUAUCAAUACAAUCAUAAUGUACAAAAUACAGAAGAAGUAUUCAACAAAAGACCAAGACUUGAAUCUCCUGAAAGAGAAUGAAUCUUAAACCUAAUUAUUUACAUUUUUUUUCAUAUAUUUAUUAUGUAUAAAGCUACUCAAUCAAAUGUUGAAAUACUAUAAAAUAUGGAUAUAUAUAUAAAAAAAAUAGUAUUUAAUGUUUUGCGUCUUCAUUCUUCAAUAAGUAUCAUUUUCGCUAAAUGGUUUACUAUAACUUAUUAUUAUCAAUGGACUUAUCAUAUUUGUUACUAAAAUUAAAUAAAUUUUUUUUUUAAGAUAA